AUGGAAGAAGAUGAGUCACCUUUGUCUGAUGAUAAUAACUUUGAUGCUAACAUGGAUUUUCUUAGUGAUAUUGCGGCAUCAGAUAUACCUCCACCAAAAUCAACUGAUAUGCCACUACCUCCUGAAUCACUAAAUGCUCCACCACCGCCACCAGAAUCAACCUUUGCACCACCUCCACAACCACCAUCUUCACUUCCUUCAAAUAAACCAUAUUUCAACCCCAGUUCCCUCCAAAUUUCAUCAGUUCAACCUCCACCACUUGAAACACCAUCGUGUGCUGGACCCCACUGUGGUCUCUCCAUUUCUUCUUCCACCGAGGUCCAGGGCCUUUUGAAUACGGUGGAGGAUCUGGACAGAUCACUCCAGUCUUCUUCUCAGGUUGUUUAUGAAUUUAAAUCUUUAUUGUCAAAUAAUCUUGCAACAAAAAUGAACCUUUUUGCUGGGAAUGAGAAGCUGGUAUUUGAAAAGUUGAAUGAACUAGUACUUGCCACAAACAGAAAUUCUGAAAAUCUUAAAGUGGCAGUCCAGGGAGUAGAAGAGCAACUGGUAGCUUCUGUUCAGACUACAGUCAAGGCAGAAAUUGUACAACUUCUUGCAGGUCUGAAAGAAAAUGUUCAGAAGUUGAACAAGUCAGUGAGCCAUCUAGAAAGCAGGCCAACCCUUGACCAGAGUACAGUCAUCAGUAACGUCAGUGGUGAAAGUGUCAGGAAGUUCAGAUCAUAUGCUAAAAGAACUAACUAA